AACUCAUUUCUUGUAAAUUUAUCUUAAGAAAUAUCAUUUGAUUUCACAAUGAGUGUAUUUGGUAAUGCGGUGAAAUAUUUAAACGAGGGAAAUGUCCACGUCGUUAUAUGCAUUUUAAAUACAGACUAUGUCAUAAGACUUAUUAAGGAAGAUGGGAAGAUGGUGAAAGACAUGGAAAUUAUCCGCAAUUCUGUAAGUUUCGUAAACUUUGUUAUGAUACCUUUAUUAUUUGGUUACUAUCAGUAUAAAGAAGAAAUAAUUAAAAUGACUUCAGAAGAUAUAUUGAGACUAUCCGAAAACCUCAUCAAUGUUCGACCGAAACAUAGACGUGUAAAAUCGAAUUUUAGUCAAUUUGCCAUUAAAGCGCCUAAUUUGACAAUAAUAUCAUAUAACUGUGAAAACUAUUGCUUAGAAAUUAAGCCAAAAGAAGGUUUUAUGGCAAGUAAUUUUAGUAAAUACUCAAAAUGUUACUAUUGUUUAAAGCAAGUUUUAAAAUUACAAGAAAAUGAAGUUAUAAACAUAAGUGGUUAUUGCCCCUUAGAUCUAUUUUCUGGAGAAAGAAAGAGAAUGAGGAAAGCUUUAUUGAACUUGAUUAAAAAUCCACAAAAUAACUUCAAACUAUUCAAAGAUGGGAAUAUUAUUUAUAAUGAAACAUCAAAUGUGAAUAAUUUUGAUUUUUUAAUCAGAAAUAUAACUCCUUAUAAUUCCUUGAAUGUAUUUUUGGAUUUAAUAAUAGAAAUAUUGCUAGGUGAUGGAAUUUCCGAUAUAGUAAUUAAAGAAUCAAGUGAGGAAAUUGACAUAAACACGAAUACUGAAAAUUGUUAUAAUGAUGGACACCAGCUCCCUGCUAACUGCUUCCUAAAUCAACUACUAACUUUGCAAAAAUUGUCUGAAAACAUAAAUUUAGAUUCGGUAACAAAAAAUGAUGAUUUUCAAUAUGUUGUGAACCUAUUGAAAGAUAUGAAAGAGCUGAACAUUAACUUAAUAAAUAUGGAUGAUCGGAAAAAGUUCUUUGAAACAAUCGAUCCACUUUACUUAGCCAUGAUAUCUGCAGUAGCAAAAGAUUGCUCUAUUAUGAUAUGUUUGUCGCCUGAAACUCAUGAAUUAUACCCAUCUAUAACAAUUAAAGACAAAAGAUUAUCAUAUAAAAUGUCUGUAACUGAUUUGGAACCAAAGUCAAUAAAAUCACUGGCCAAAAGAAAAACUACUGAACAAAAGCUAAUAGAAUUGUAUGAAAAAAAGUAGUGUAAUUCAACCACAUUCAGAAACAAGAUCCAAACAGUUGGAAGCUUGGCAGCAAUUGAUAUCAGAAUAUUUAAAAGUCACAAAGCAAUCAACCGUGGACAUAAGAGAGACACAGAACAGCCCCUUAUUUAACAAUGCCUCC